AAGCCGGAGACCGGGCACAUUUUUUUCGGUUCCGCGGUGUUUUUCGCAUCGCCUUGAAGACAGACGCGGGACGCGCGAUACUGAUUACGAAACACACUAAAAGUUCUUUAAUUUUUCUUUUCGUCCUAGUCUUCGGUGAUAGUUUCAGGAUUAUCCCUGAAAAGUUUUUCCUGCAAAACAACUUCCACGAGGAAGGGUUAUGUGAACAAUUGAAGAGACGAAAGGCUAUCCUCUGGUUACAAGCCUUCGGGAAAGUGAAAGAUACUCGGUAAUAACGAAGGAUCAAGUGUGCACUUAGGGCAGUAAUGAGGUCCUCGACUAAUCAAGUACAAAAGUGACAAGAGUGAUCAAAUAUUGUAGCGAUUACGCAAACUGUGUAUCUUGACGCAAUUUUCCAUCUCCACUGUGCAACGUCUGAUAGUGAAUAAACAAUGUGUAUUCGGACCCUUGCAUAUUUCCAUCUGGAAUAAACAAUAAAAUUCUGAAUCUGCCUCUGAAAUGAACAAUAAUUUAUUCUCUUGGGUAAACAACAUUUAGCGGUGCUUCCAUAUAAGUCUCCAAACAGAUACUCGUACACACAAUCUUAUAUCUUAGAAUUUUAUUCAAGUUUUCCAAGUUGGGGUCGUCGUUUUGAAAUUUUCCAAUGAUCCGGUGACCCAUCAUCAUCUUUGAAAAAACGUGUCCAGAAAAUAACGUUUAUUUUUAACACUCCUCGAUCGUUUAUAAUCAAAGUGCGGUCGCGAUUACACUUAUCUAUCUUUUUUUUUGGGUGUGCAAAUAGUACGACGCAUACUCUAAGUGUGAUGUUGGUGAUUCUAAUCGAAAUCCACUGAAUUUUUUAUCAUGCCUGUAAUGUCUCCUGAACGACCGCCUUCACAGAGUAUGGGCGGGACAAAUAUAAUUGAACAACAACCGCAACAACAGCAACUCACAUCAGCAGCAAACACAACAACCGCAACAAAUAUGGUGCUAUCAACAAUUCCAAUUGAAACUGGACAUGUUGUGAUACAUCAUCAAACUUCAGCGGCAACAAACGGAACAAAUGGAACUACUUACACUCAAAUCACAAGAAAUGGUGUACCACAAAAUCUAAUAUCAACAUCGGUGGUAUCAUCAAGUCCACCGCAACUAACAACGAAAACAAUUUCAGCCAUGACGGCAUCAUCACCGCCUUCCAAAUAUGUUGUAAUACAUCAAAACGGAAGCGGACAAUAUCGGACGGCGGAUGGAACUGCAGCAAUUUUGACCACUCAAUCAAAUGGAGUUGGUAAUAUUGUUCUCCUCGCAACUGAGCCACUUAGUACUUCGGAACAGUCUAAUAUCAUUGUAAAUACGAGCGGUCAAGGUACUGACGAGGAGUUAACUCCACUGACAUGGCUACAAGAUAAGGAUUUGCUUAAGGACCUGGUGGUUCGACCCAAUGGCACAAAAGCAGCCCCCACAGCAAGUCCGUCUAGACAAUCAAACGGAAAUGGAGGAGGAGCCAUAUCUCCCACAAGUGAUUUCAUGGAAGACUCAUCUGUCUCAGAAGACAAUGCAUCCUCAGCGAAUUCAAGUUCGGAUCAAGGAAUUAGUAUAUCAAGCUCCGAAUUCUCUCCAACUUCAUCGACCUCAUCGUCAUCGUCAGUUCCUAAUUCAGCGGCAGCUUUCUCCACAUAUCACCACCCGCAGCAAACGAGCAUGCAAUACCAUCAAGUCACUGUCGCGGCAACAAACCAAAAUCAAGCUCAAAUUUCGGCACCUCACUUCAUCAACAACAACACUUUAACAAAAAAUCGCAAUCACUUGGUCUCCCCAACCAAACCAUCGGUUGCAUUCUCACAAUCACUACCGGCAAAUACCUAUACAAUUACCACGGAUGUGAAUGCACCCAAAACGGUUACGUACAAUGGCAAAAGCGGUACAACGACUGUUGUGGAAUACAAAGCAGGAACGAAUUUCUCACCACCAUCAGGACGUCAAAUCGUUACUACAAAUCAUACAAUGCUGUCGCCUCAACGAUCACCACCGAUUUCAGGUAGCGCAACGGUUACAAUAACUUCAGCCACAUCAACGCCAGCUAGUUCUCAAACGUCUUCGCCGAAUCCUUCGAUGGGAGUUGGUGGUGGAAAUGCUUCAUCAAUGUCGACAUCAACACCAUCGACAACACCCCAUCAACAUUUCCAUAAGAAAUAUAUCCGCGAGCAAAUGAAUGGUGCAGAACAGCAAACAACGCUGCAAAGGAAUGGUAAUGAUGGCUCGGAAUAUGGCAGUUGCGUUGGGAGUCAGUCGCAGCAACAGCAUCAUCAGCAAUCGCAUUUUACAAACGGCUCAGAUCCCGAUGACUUCCAUCGAACACCUAUUAAAAGUGAACCUAUUUAUAGUAACAACAAUAGUCACGACGAUAGGCUUAUGGCUCGUGAAAGUCUUAAUUUUGAUAGUCCAACAGCAACACCAAACGGACGAUCGCUUUCAAUGCAAAAGGCAAAUUCAUCCUCUUCAACAUCAUCAUCAACCGCUACCACUCCAUCAGCAGCAGCAUCACCAAAGCAAAAACAUCCGACCAACGUGCCAUAUGAUCCUAUGGUGCAUACAACGAAUAAGCCGCCAUAUAGUUUUAGUUCUCUGAUAUUUAUGGCUAUCGAAGACUCACCCGAAAAGGCUUUACCCGUGAAAGAAAUCUACGCGUGGAUCGUUCAACAUUUUCCCUACUUCAAAACGGCUCCGACGGGCUGGAAAAACAGUGUACGACAUAAUUUGUCCUUGAACAAAAGUUUCCUGAAAGUGGAGAAAGCGCCGAACAUGGGCAAAGGAUCAUUGUGGCGCGUUGAAGAGCAUCAACGUCAAAAUCUGAUGCAAGCACUUGCCCGUUCACCAUUCCAUCAAUCGUCAGCCGUUGACAAAUUCUCCCCGUACAAAACGAAUCCUGGUGCAGUAUCAUCCUCGUCGCGUUCUAUGCCUCCUGAAAGUCCUCCAACUCCUUGUAAAUCCAAUCUAGAUCCUGAACUAUUCCCGAAAUUGUACAAUACAAUCAAAAACAUGGCCAAUAAGGGAGUGAUUGGGACAGCGGAUGGAAAUCAUGAUAGUGAUGAGAUGUUCGGCUACAAUAACGGGGUGGCUGGAGGUCAUAAUGGUACGCGAGAUUAUUAUGCAACUAAUGGUGGUGAGAAUGGGGCUGCAAACAAUAGUUCUGUGGAUUAUAGUAUAGAACGUUUAGCUCGGGAUUGUGGUGCUGAUAGUAUUGAUGAUGUGAACGCUGCAACCGCUAUGCUGGCACUUAAGCACGGACCAAAUAUAUUCAGUGAACAUUUUCAGAAUGGAUCACCGGUUAUCACCUCGUCGCCUAGUGAAGAUCAUACCUACUCUGCUGGCGGAGGAGGAAACGGUGGGGGCAGUAGUACGACCAAUUCUGCAACACAUUCACAGAAUGGAAGCGAUAAUAACAGUAGCGGCGUGUGUUCGGAUGCUGCUUAUGAGAGUGGUGAUGAAAGACUGCAUCCAACAAUCACUGCCGAGGAACUGGAAGAACGACGUCGUCAUGCCGAAGGCGUUGAUGCCCUUCUCUCAUUCGCAUCAUCUGCUGCCUCUUCGCCCAACAAGCGACCUUCAUCCACCCCCAUCGAAGAGGAGCACAUAGCCUCGUACACGGAGAAUAUUCCACUUUAUAUAUCAACAACUCAAAAUGGUGCUACAACCACCCGAUAUGUUACAAAUGACGAUGGCAGCGAAACUGUUGUCUAUCAUCAUAAUCCUCAACGAUUAUCCUCAUCGUCAUCAUCAUCGACAGCAUACGAAACCUCCAACUACUAUCUAUCAUCGUUGCCGUCGUCGACGAAAAAAAUGAAAUCGUCGCGUGUGAUUCGACCGAAAAUGAAAAGGAAGACAACAUUGAUUCGAUAAAAUCGAAAUCGGAGGGAAAAAUCAUUGAUAAAAGACGAAAAACAAUGCACAGAAAAAAAAAACAAUGCAAAACUAGACUAGACGAAUUACAAUGAAAACUGCAAUGCAAUACAUAAAAAAUUUUUUUUUAUGUUAUAUGUUCUUUAAAUGCCAACAUAAAUGCACUUGUUAACAAAAGAAAUAUAAAAAAGAAAACAAACAGAAAACGGUAAAAAGAGAUAUGUAUACUUGUUUUAUCGAUCAUUAAUUAUUAUUAUUAUUAUAUUUAAAUGAAAAAAUGAAGAAAAACUAAUUGUUUUUAUUAGGUUAUUCGUUUGCUUCUUGUUAGUAGUUAAUUAUAUAUAUAUACAUAUUAUAUAUCUUAAUUGUAAUGCAUAUUUAAAAAAAAAAACAAACAAACAACAAACAAUUGUAUGUAGAGAUAAAUAAACUUAAGAUUUUAUAAUUUUAUUUAAAGGAAAGUGUUUAGUCAUGGAAAGAAGAAAGCAACACCAUUUAAAUUUCUAUAUUUCUCCCAAACUUCUAAUUGUUAUUUUGAAGAUACUUUUUAAUAUUUCGUUUAAAUCAAAAAAGUUACAUUUCGGAUAUUUGCAGAAUUUGUACAUAUUUGGUUGAUGAAUCAUUUUAAAACUAAUCCAUGAAAUCUUAAGUGUAAUCCCUUUUUAAAUAUUAUAAACCACAAUUGACCCGAAAUACCUCGACUUUUUUUUUUAAUUUAUUCGUUAAAAAUAUACAAAAAUAAAAAAAAAUAGAGAAAAUUGCUAAAAAAAAAUAAUAAAAUAAAUAAAAUGAAUGAUUUCUUCCAAUUCAUACAAAUGCAAUAUGAUAAUUCGUAAAUAAUAUUAUCGCUUGUUAUUUUGUUUUUAAUUUUCUAGGGAAAUAUUGCGGAAAAGUAAAUCAGAUUUAAGUAUAAAUUUAAUUUUAAAAUUAAAAUACAAGACAAGAGACAAAAUAUAUAAAACACGAAAAAAGUAAGCAUGAAAUGUCUACAGCAAUAUUUUUUAGACGACAAAAAACCGAUGAAGAAAAAAUGGAAAAUGUUAAUAAAAAAUGGUACACUCUAUUAUAUAUUAUAUUUACAUGUACACUACAUAGUGAAAUUAGUGCUACUUAACUGAAAAGAAACGUUAAGAAAUCAAUUAGUUUGUAAGAAGCGAGAAAAACUCUUUUGUUCUUUUAGAGAAAUCAAUCGUAGUUAAUGCAUAUAUGAUGAUAACAGUUCCUUACAAUUUAUGUUUUAGACAUUGUUGCGCGAUGCUCGUAACAAACUUCUAUUCGGUCUUAUCUCGUUUGAUUUUCUCUUAUUUUGAAGCAAUCUAUUUUCUAUAAUUUUCUCCCCGUGCCUUUCAAACAAUAUUUUUUUAUACUUCGAUAUAUAUUAGGUAUGUAUAUAUCCUCUAUGCCUCGGACUUCAACUUUUUUUAAAAAGAAAAAUAAGCAAAAAUCAAUUGAUGGAUAGAAAACAAACACCAGAUUAUAUUAGAUGCUAUUUAAAUGCAAGUAGAAAGUAAAAAAAAAAUGCUGAAGAGAAUUAGAAAAAGAUACAACGUGAAAAGGAAAAAAAAAGUAAUCAAAAAAGCAAUAAUUAAAGAAAUAUUUAUACUUAGGGAAGUCUGAAAUAUAAUUUAUGUGUUGUGUAACUAUUUAAGAAGAAAUUUUUCUCUGUCUGAACAGAAACAAAUUGAAAAUGAAGAAAAGAAUUGGAAAUAAUAAUUUUAUUGCAUUUGUUUUUUUUUUUCUUCUUCUUCUCUCUUUUCAAUUUCGCAUGAUUGUCAUCGUUGUUUAGCCUAUUAAAAUGUAUUUGUUUGUAUCUGUUUAAGAUUUUACUUUUUUUAAAUGUACAUAAAGCAAAAGAGUCAAAAAGAUUUCGACUUAUCGAUUAAAUGUUAAUGAUAAAUUUCUGUGUGUUGCGUUUGUUAUAUUAGUUUUGAGUAUGUGCAACGUUUAUGAGGAGAACAUAAACUCAAACCAAUCUUAAAUGGAGGACAAACAAAAGUCAGAUUUCCAUACUCAAUCUUUAUAUUUUUCUACAAAAUUGAAAAUUUAAAUUUCUCUAUCUUUGAAACGAUAAAUUCUCAGUUACAAUAGGACAAAGAUAGCCCCAAUUCAACCCAAGUGUGAAAGUAAUUAUAAAUCAUUUUGAGUUCUUUUGAUAUUUUUCCAGUUAAUUUAACUCUUGUUCUCCUUGAGUCUGUAGUAAAUUGAUCUUUUUCUUAUCCUUUUAAGUGUAUAUCAAAUCCUAAUUAAGUUUUGAUGCUAGUAAAACUAUGUUGUUGUUAUUUUAUUAUUAUAAAAAUAUUCAAAAAUAGUGGAAAACAAUGAUGAUGAUGAUAAACGACAGAAUAAAUAUAAAUAUUUUUUUUGGGGGUUUUUAAAUGA